AUGAAUUUAUAUGUAAUUAUCAUAUUCUUAUUUGCAAUUGUAUGUUGUGAUUCGUUAACAUCGAUGUUUCAAUAUCCAAUGUCCAAACAAUUGGAUCAAGAUAUCCCUUUAUAUUUAGUUUACUCGAAUUUAGAAAUUUUACAACAACAUUUGCAACAAAUUUUCACUAAAAAUAUAAACACUUCACAAAUAAUCAUUCAAUUGACUGACUCAAAUACAUAUUUGAUCCCAGAUGAUAACUCCAAUUCAAAAGACUCACAUGGGGUACCUUUAAAUUGGGUUGAAUUUUAUAUAAAAGAUGUAGAAAAAGAAAUUGAUCAAAAUGGAAUUGUGGUUAUGAUUCAUGAAACUAUUGAUAAUCCACAUUUAUUAGGAGAAAUAGCAUAUACUUGGUCAACUUUGAAAAAAAUUGCUUUAGAAUAUGAUAUAACUUUAAGUUUUUAUACUGGAUUUUAUCUAGCUGUUGGUUUAUUAACUGGUGGUAGAUUAUCACCCGAAGUAGAUUUAAUUUCAAGUAUGUCAAUCAUUUAUUCAUGUUCUGUUAAUCCUGGUAAAACAGUUAUGAUUAAAAUAUAUCCAAUCAUUGCUAAUUUAACCCCUUAUUAUAAAAAACUCAAUUGGAAUGAAAAAUUACAAGAAUUUAUAUUUAAAAAAAGUUUCAUUAAACAUGAUAGAAUGAGAUUACUUGCAUUGACAGGUUUGGAAGAUGUCGAAUGUUUAUAUGUCGACCCAUAG